CACAUGGCUCCUAUAUCAUCCCUGGACACCAGUCUAUCAGACGACAUAAUUUACUCAGCUUCCCUAGACAGAACUGUGAAAGCCUGGAGAAUCUCAGACCUCAAAUGCCUGGAAACAAUCCAGGCUCAUUCGGCCCCUAUCAACGCCGUUGUCGUCGCAGACAACGGCGUCCUCUACACCGCAUCAGACGACGCCACUGUCAAAGUCUGGCGCCGCAACUUUGGCAAUACCAACUCAUGUCCCCAUGCCCUCACCGUGACAUUGCCAGCCAAGUCCUCGCCUGUCAAGACCCUGGCCUUAAACGCGGAGGCCGGGGUCUUGUACGGGGGAUGCACAGAUGGCUACAUUCACUACUGGCUAAAGGGUUGGUUCUCAGGACAAUUGCAGUAUGGGGGAAUACUACAGGGGCAUUUGCAUGCAAUUUUGUGCUUGACUAGUUUUGGGAAUUUUGUGGUGAGUGGCUCGGCGGAUUCAACGGUUCGAAUUUGGAUCAGACAGCAGGAUGGGGAGCACAAUUGUGCUGCGGUGCUGAAGGGUCACAGGGGGCCUAUUAGGAGCCUCGCGGCCUUUCCUUGUCGGGUUGUUGAUGAUGGUGAUCAAGAUGGAUGCAUUAUUUGUACCGGAAGUAUGGAUGGAAUGCUGAAGUUAUGGAGGAUUAGUUGCUCCAGCAAGCCUGCACCUGGUUUGAACCUUGUUGGAUCAGAGUACAUUGAGCUCUGAGGACUUGGUGAUUUUAUCUUGUUUUGUUACUAUAAUUCUAGAGAUUCUUACUAAUCUUGUACUGUGAUUGACUAGCUAGCCACUCAGAUCAUAGUAUCUUACCUGCUUACUGCUUAAUUAGUCUUG